CUAAGAAACAACAGUGGGACGACAGGAGUUGUACUUUCAAAAAGGGGAAUAGUCGAUUUAUAUUUAUUUCAUUUGGAGGGAAAAUGGAGUAUCAUCAAGUUUCAUCUUUGCAGAACAUCCAGGCGCUGUCCGCCUUGCUUUCCACUCAACAAGAUGAUGACGAUGAUGAUUAUCAAGAUGUGUCUCCUUAUGCCAAGAUGGGCCCGGGACACAUAGGCCCCCCGGCCAAAAAAGAGAAAGAAGAGUCUUCGCCAUACGAGAAGAAGAACAGCAAAGACGUGUGGAGCGAGGAGGAGGUGCCCGAAGGCCCACAGUAUGAUGAUGUCAUCGACCCGAGGCCGCAGCCCGAAUAUGAAAUCAUCCUCAAGCAAAGUGUUUGCACAGAGGAUCUCUUUUUGGGCCUAAGCAGAAAGGAUCCAUCCUCCAUGUGCUGUGAAGGGAUGCUGGUGAAAAUCAAACUCCCGGACAGCAAACUGUCAGACGUGACGCUGGACGUGAAGGAGAAGUUCCUUGACCUGCGGACACCGAAAUAUAGACUGGGCCUUCACCUCCCGCACCCAGUCCACCACCAGGAGGGCAAGGCUCAGUUUUUCAGCGAGAGGGAGGAGCUCGAGGUGACGCUGGCGAUGAAUCGACCGCUGGACGCCGUCAACAUGCAGUGAUCACAUCUGGACCGGACGGAUCGCGUGGUGCUGAACUAUCUGACUGCCGACUGACGUAGACUAAAUCGAUCCGAUACAGUACUGUCAUAUAUUUUGAGCCCCCUGACCCCCCAGUUUGGGUGACUCUGUUCCAAGCUGCAAUUAUGUUUUUCUAUUUGAAUUUACUCCUCAAUGUCUGUGUUUGUAGACAAUAAUGUUCAGGUUUAUUUUUUUAAACCAUUAUAUUUAAUUCAAUAAUGUACAAUGAAGACUAAAUAUACAAUAUAUAUUAAAUAUAUACAUUGUAUAUAUAUUAAAUAUAUAAAUAUAUAUACACUAUUCUUUUCUUCCUGAUAUAACCUCCCUCUACCUUCUCUUUUGAUGUCCUUCCUU